GCUGGCAGAGAAUGGACAACUUCCGGUGUUCUGUCACGGGCCGGCCUGCCGGUUUCUAGCGUGAGUUCGAAAAGUGGCGAUCAGCACGGCUAAAGGCAGAAGAAAGCGGCGUUAACCGGGGCUACCGUGCGGAGCCCCGCGGUUUUUAAACAUCGUCAGCCAUGAGUCGGCCGGGUUCCCCCCUUGAAGCGCCGAAACAGGAGCAUACUUACCCAGAGCAUGACUUCCCGGUGAACCUAUUCAAGGCUAUGGAAAGUGUCCGGGGUGGAUGCAACGUCCUGCUGUCACCCUUCAGCAUUGCUCAGGCUCUGACCUUGAUUGUAGUUGGAUCGCAGGGACCGACGCACGAUCAAAUUCUGAAGAUACUUGGCGAAGCGGACGAGGCUUCUUUGAACAAGAAAUUCGACGCCGCUAAGCCGGAUGUACUUGGACACAAAAUCCAGUUUCUGCUCGGCAACCGCCUGUAUGCUCGUCCUCCGCACUCUGUCCUGAGCACAUACGCGAAAGCCAUCCAGUCCGUCCAUGGCGACAGCUCCGAACUCACCCCCGAAAACAAGAAGAACGUCACAAACGUCAACGCCUGGGUCAGCGGCAUCACGAAGCGCCGGCUCAGCAAGGCCGUCACAGAGAGCAGCUCGCUGCCCGACCUCUUGGUCAUCAACGCGGUGUACUUCCGCGGCGUCUGGGCCAGCAGGUUCGAACGGGAGCUCGUGUUCAAGUCUCCCUUCUACGUGAAGGGCGACGAGACCGUGACGGUCGACAUGAUGUUCUCCAGACGCGACACGCCAUUUCUCUCCGCGAAGGAGUUCGACUGCCAGGUCCUGGAACUGCCGUACGACGGAAACAACUGCAGCAUGGUCCUGUUCCUGCCCAAUCUGCGGGACGGACUGCACCACAUGAUGUCGCAGAUUACGUCGGAAAAUUUAGGUAAGGCCUUGUCUAACCUCCGAAAGAAGGACAAGGUCGAAGUCUUUCUGCCAAAGUUUCACUUCAGCCAGCAGCACGAGAUGGCCGCGGAACUCAACAAGUUGGGGAUUACAGACGCCUUCGAUCCUGUCAAAGCAGAUCUGUCAAAGAUGCUGAAGACCCCCACCGGCUCGGCGAUAGGUCAACUGGUGCACGACGUGGCGCUGGAGAUCGACGAGGACGGCACAGAAAUCCUCGCGGCACACGCGGGCAAGGUACAGAGGAAGUCGACCAUCUGCGGCCCAGAGUUCAGGGUAGACCACCCGUUCCUCUUUGUCCUGGUGACCAGGCCGGGCAACGUGGUCCUCUUCAUGGGCGCCAUCUGGAGGCCACCGCCUGCUAUGCCCAGCGAUUCGGAGAUCUCAUAAAAGUCAUGUCCUUGUGGUU